AUGGCCUUGAACUAUCCGCAUAGGCCUGUGUUUACACCUCAUGUAUCUGAAGAUAAUUUGUGGUCUCCUAUGAGGAUUGUGAACGGGUGUCUUGCUGAGGGUGUUCCUGAUAGGAAUGGGGAUGGUUUUGGAAGGUCCUGGCAUGUAAGUCGAGGAGAGUUCGAAGAUUGGCAAAUUAACGGUCGGAAGGACAGAGCUGACCGUUGUCGCUCGCCGGAGUCUAAUUGCAAGGACAUUGUUGAUCUUUUGCCCUCUGACCCAUUUGGGAUGGAUAUAGAGACUACCUUCACAGCCAUCACUGGAUGGCUUGAGGACUUGGAGGUUGACUACGGUGGGUAUUUGAGUAAUAGCAACGGGAGGGCCGGUCAAGAAAACUAUGGUUUAUUUGCUGAGUGGAGUGUAAUUUGGAACAACGCUUUGAAGUUCCAACCGUUUUGCCGAAAUCAUCAGUACAAUCAGAUUGGACUUCAGUCCUUGAGCAAUCCUCAAGUUGACGAGAAGUCUCGUGUGGAUACACAUUCUUGCUCAAGCAGUAGUCAACAUGAUGAGAAACUGAAUAUGACCAAUAACACGAUCCAACUUGGAGAGGAGAGAGAUAUGGGGGGUGCGUUGGGCCUUUAUGACUUUGGAUUUCAAACAGCCCGUGAUGAAGGGGGAAUUACGGGCUUUGGCAACGAGAGUACUUAUUGCAGACCUGAGCUGCAAUCUGGGAAAAAAAUGGAGGGUGAUGAUAUAGAGGAGGGAACACUGCAUGAAGCUUGGAAUUUUGCAUUAAGCUAUCUGGGAGUGAAGGACCUUUUGUCUAUGGAGAGGGUCUGCAAGUCCUUACGGGCCUCAGUGCAAGAAGCUUACUGGCUGUGGAUGAGCAUCCACAUCGAUCAGCCUCUGAACGAGAAGAUCACGGAUGAAGUUCUUCUCCAGUUGUCUAGCAGAGCAAACGGUAACCUGCAGUGCCUGAGUUUGGUGGAGUGCCCGAAAGUCACAGAUGAUGGCAUAAGGCGUGUGCUCGAAACCAAUCCGAGGUUAACUAAGCUCUUUGUCCCAGGCUGCACGAGGCUCACCAUUGAAGGGAUUUUGAAUAACAUAAAGAUUCACAACUCCAAUAAAGAUUUCCAAGGCAUAAAGCACCUGAGAAUAGGCGGGCUAUAUGGCGUGACACGUGAGCACUUUGAAGAGCUGAAAUUGUUAAUAGGCCUUGAAGGCCUCAGGCCCGAAAACCGUCCGAAGCCCCAUUUCUACCACAGGGGAAACUUUUAUCUUCCUUUUGAUGACAAUCGGGCCAUGGACAUCGAGAUGUGCCCGAGAUGUGAGAAAUUCAGGCUGGUUUAUGACUGUCCGGCUGAAGGCUGUCAGGUUAAAGAGAUGGCCUCUCAAGCAUGCAGAGGUUGUGCGCUCUGCAUCGCAAGGUGUGCUCAGUGUGGGAGGUGUGUUAGCGACAACGAAUAUGAGGAGACUUUCUGUUUGGACCUGCUUUGUUCAGAUUGUUUCAAGCAGAUGCUCAAGUGCCAAAAUGGGGUGGAUGAGAAGGGUGAUUAUACCUGCAGAUCUUUACACGAACAAAGGUAUAAUACAAACUGA